GUACUUUAUCUACACAUUACUUUGUGGAACCCUAUCUUACUUAGGCAUUGGAGUGGGUUUCAUCAGCAACCUCCCGAGAUCAAGCAUCCUAGUUAUUUGUGAGGGUAUACCGGCAACCCAGCACCGACAUAUCGACGUCGUCAAACUCUAAUAAUUUUGUCCCUGUUUUACUUUGUACCCCAUAUGGCAGCGUCAAAGUUUUUUGUACCCAUAGACUCAAAGUAAAAGUAAUGUUGGUUUCGGUCAAACUACGUCAAAGUUGAAAGACACAUGUUGGUUUCGGUCAGUUUCACGGGUCAAGAUUCCAAUAACGGUGUCUGAGCUUUUUGUAAAUAAGCCAAAGGAGAGAUGCAAUUCUUGAUAUUCCAUUUCCAUGUCAAAAACAAUGACAAAUGGUAAGACCUUCUUUGACCCCAUUGCUCAACCAAUUUUCAAAGUAUCCAACCGUUGGAAACUGGAACACCCAAAUAAGAGAAGCUGUCAACAAUGGCUACCCCCACAAAGCCCUUACACUCUAUCGUCUGAUGAAACAAGCUGGGUUGAUUCCAGACAAAUUGACCCUUCCCUUUGUUGCAAAAGCUUGUGCCAAGAUUUCAGAUCUCAAACAAUCCCAAAUUAUUCACGCCCAUAUAUUCAAAUCACCCUUUUGGUCAGAUAUCUUUGUUGGUACAGCUGUUAUUGAUAUGUAUGUAAAAUGUAACAAACUGAAUCUUGCACACCAAGUGUUCGAUAACAUGCCUGAAAGAGAUGUGACUAUGUGGAAUGCAAUGCUUUUGGGUUUUGCUCAUUUGGGUUCUGUGGAUGGGUUUUUCGUACUUUUCCAGGAAAUGAGACUGCAUGGGUUCAUUCCGGACUUGAUCACAAUAAUAGGAUUGACACAAUCUGUUAUUGAAUUGAAGGAUCUUAAUCUGGUGAGAGGUAGUCAUGCCUUCGGAAUUCGUUUUGGAAUGAUAAAUAAUGUUUCUCUAGCUAAUACUUUGAUUUCUGGGUAUAGUAAAUGUGGGGACUUGGUUUCAGCAAAGUGUAUGUUUGAUACAAUAUGUUUUGAAUCGAGGACCAAUGUGUCUUGGAAUUCUCUGAUUGCAGGACAUGCUUUAAUCCGGAAUCAUAAUGAAACGUUUAACUUAUACCGGUGUAUGUUAUGUAAUGAUGGACGUAAACCUGAUAUAAGCACAUUUCUUAGCGUUUUAUCAUCAUGUGUGCUACCGGAGGCUUUAGGAUAUGGCAAGUUAGUUCAUUCCCAUGUGAUUCAGUUGGGUUGUGAUUAUGAUGUUACUCUGGGGAACACAUUGAUAACAAUGUACUCAAAAUGUGGAGAUAUUGAUUCAGCACGACACUUAUUUCAUAACAUGACUUAUAAAACAUGUAUAACAUGGACUGCGAUGAUUGGUGGUUAUGCUGCUAAUGGAAGUUUGGACAAGGCAUAUUCCUUGUUCUUUGAUAUGCAAGCGGCGGGUGAGACACCUGAUGUUGUCACCCUUCUUUCUCUAAUAGCAGGCUGCGGCCGGACAGGUUCCCUUGAACUUGGCAGAUGGCUUAAUAACUAUGGCAUCUCGAAGGGGCUCAGGGAUAGUAUUGUAGUGUGCAAUGCGAUGAUUGACAUGUAUGCUAAAUGUGGUAGUUUAGAUGAGGCUAAAAAACUAUUUCAUUCUAUGCCUUCCAAAACUAUAGUCUCUUGGACGACAAUGAUUUCUGGGCUUGCAAUGAAUGGUGAAUUUACAGAGGCUUUGGAGCUUUUCCUCAAGAUGAUUGAGCAAGGUGUGGAACCAAACCAUAUAACAUUUCUUGCUGUUCUACAAGCAUGUAUUCAUGCAGGUUUCUUAGAUGAAGGAAUGGAGUGUUUUGAUCUGAUGACCAGAGUCUAUAAAUUAAAUCCUGGGUUGGAGCAUUACUCCUGCAUAGUUGAUCUUCUAGGACGUAAGGGAAAGUUUAAAGAAGCACUAGAGUUCAUUAAAAGUAUGCCUUUCGACCCUGACGCUGCCAUAUGGGGUGCAUUGCUGGGUGCUUGUAAAAUCUACAAGAAUGUGGACAUUGGCGAGUAUGCAGCUUACCAUCUGUACAAAUUGGAGCCUGAAGCUGCUGUUUCAUACGUGGAAAUGGCAAAUAUCUAUGCCUCAGCAGGAAGAUGGGAUGGUGUAUCUAAAGUUAGAGCACUAAUGAAAUGCAACAAAGUGAAGAAAUCUCCUGGUCAAAGCCUCAUUCAAGUCGAUGGAAAGAAUCACAUAUUUGGUGUUGAAGAAAGAUGUCAUCCAGUAGGUUCACAAAUAUUUGAACUUCUAGACGUACUGGCCUUCCAGUUGAAACAAGCUGGAGUGUCUUACCAUUUCGAAGGUGUUCCUCAGCAUGAAACUGAAUUGCAAGAGUCUCUGGUGGCUUGAUUGCUUCUUGAUAAACUAAUAAUGUUUUUGUGAUAGCUGUUCAACCAAUGCUCGACUGAGUUGUCAGAUUAUCAUUGGAGAGCAACAGAGAUGAUUAAGCCACUUCUUUCAUAAUAGGGUGUGAGUUUUUUAGUUAUGUUUUCAUUGAGUAUCUCUCAUCUGGUUUGUGUUACUGAGCUUUAGACACUCAACUAUAGUGUCGGGUGCUAGACUCUUUUGCUCCCCUUAUGAUAAGAAUCUUGCAGGUUGUGUAUACCAAUCAACCUUACAGCUAGUGAAAAUUUUGGUAUUACUUAUAUUAUUAA